UAUAAUACAAACUGGACUAACAAACCUAUUGCAAGUCUGAGUCUAGCUGGGUGUUAUCUUGGGGAGGCAACUCAGUGAGCACUGCGCACCAAGAGGCAGACAUCAAGAAGUUCUAGUGGUUUGCCAGAGACGAGCUUGGAGCAGCAUCCAGCUAGGAAAUGCCAUGAAGCGGGCAUCGAGGACACAGCACAAUAAUCUAUCACCAAGAGGGGACUCCGAACAGUUGACCUUGCGCAGCAACCCACAAACUUGCAAGAGAACUAAAUGGUACUUGGGACGACCUGUGUGCUGUUACUGGGGGUACAGGUACAACACGCUAGCAGCUUGUCUAAUCUAAUCUCGGCUUUCAGUGGGGAGACCAAUGGCCAGAAGCCUUCCGCAAGUGUGGAACGAGUGGGGCAUCCAGAUCCUGGUCCUGCUCAGCUUCGCUUGGCAAGUUUUGCUCCUCGUCUCUGCUGGAAUCCGUCGGCGAGGCCCCCCUGCUCCGCUGAGGCUCCUCCUCUGGUUGAUGUACCUCCUGGCCGACUCCACGGCGAUAUACGCCCUCGGCCACCUGUCCUUCACGAGCAAGUCACAGGAGCACAAGCUGGUGGCGUUCUGGGCGCCGUUCCUGCUGGUGCACCUUGGUGGCCCAGACAACAUCACCGCUUACUCCCUCGAGGACAACAGGCUCUGGCUUCGACACCUCUUCACUCUCUCUGUGCAGGUCAUGGGAGCUGCCUUCGUGAUCUAUAAGUAUGUCGUCGGCACUGGGACCUUCCUCCUGAUUGCGUGCACCCUGAUGUUCGCCGUCGGCAUGCUCAAGUACGGGGAGAGGACAUGGGCGCUCAAGUGCGGCAACAUGGACAGCAUCCGGAGCACGGUGGACAUGUCCAUGGACGAUGACUACAGGUCUGCUUUCUCGGCAGGCCUGCGGUUCCCUUUCCCUGAUGGGAGUGACGACCACACUGACGAGGAGUUCCUGCUCGCGGCCCACUCCCUGUUCCACAUGUGCAAGAGCCUCUUUGCAGACCUCUCCAUCAUGCUAUCUGGGUUCAAGCUGUUCUCUGUGGGAGUGCACACCAAGAAGAGCAAGAGCGACCUGUACAAGCUGGUGGAGCUGGAGCUUUCCCUCAUGUAUGACAUCCUCUACACCAAGGCGGCGGUGAUCCAUACGUGGUAUGGCUGCUGCAUCCGUGUGGUGUCGCUGCUUGGAACAGUCGCCGCUGUCCUGCUCUUCCAGUUCAGCGACAAGCUUGGUUACAAUGUGGCUGAUGUGGUCAUCACUUACAUCUUGCUGGUUGGGGCCCUGGUGCUGGAGUUCAUAUCGUCGUUGAAGGCUGCAGGGUCGACCUGGACGUGUGCCAUGCUCUACUGCAUGGGCUCCGGCUGGCUUCUUAAGGUGCUGAAAUCCCUUCGCCUAUACGCCAGGGCGGCGAGCAAAAGGGGUUGGUCAGGCUCCAUUGGGCAGUUUAGCAUGUUCCACCUGUGCACUCGUGACAUCACCGAGUUAGGCAGUAGGGUGGCACCCUGGAUUCGGCUUGAGGACAAGUGGAACAAGAUGCAUUUCGCGGGCACCACCAUCUUGAAGCCAGAUCUCAAGGAGUUGCUCUUGGAGAAACUACCCAAGAUGGACGUCAGGGAAUCGAGAGGCAUUCAGAUACUGGAGACCAGGAAAUUUGACAAGGACCUUGCCGAAUGGAGCCACUGGAGCGUUACCACUAGCUUCGACGAGAGCAUCCUUGUCUGGCACAUUGCAACUGUGGUCUAUCUCUGUGAAUCUAAGCGCAAACGUGAUGCCGCAGCGGAACGCGCUGAAGCAGAACAAGUGAGAAAUGAUGCCGAAGCAGCACAAGCAAAAAAAGAUGUUGAAACAGCACAAGGAAAAAAACAUGAUAAAGCAGCACAAGCGACAGAAGAAGCUAUUGCCGAAAAGGCGAGAAAGGAUGCUGAAGCAGAAAAGGAGAGAAACGAUGCUGAAGCAGAAAAGGCGAGAAAAGAAGCUGAAGCAGAAAAGGCGAGAAAAGAAGCCAUUAAACAUGCCGGGGCAAUCCAGGUGCUAUCAAACUACAUGAUGUUCUUGCUGGUGUCAAAACCAGAGAUGCUGCCUGGCCCGAUUCGCCAAAGCCAGUAUGCCCAUAGCUGCAAUAUAUUGGACCAGCUGUGGAGUCAGGGCUCAACCAAUCAGGCUGAGACAAAACUCGCACAACCUUCAAUUGAAAAUCCACCAGUGGGCUCAACUAGUCAAGCAGAGCCCCGAGUCAUACAACCUUGUGAAAAUCCAUUGGUGGUACUCAAGAAAUGGUUCCGUCGGGCAUGGGAGGGCGUCAAGAAAUUGUUCUGCCAGGACGGACCCGGUGGCUCCAUAACCCCACAAAUCCAGAUGCUUUCUCGGAAGAUGCUGCGCACUUUUCGCGAUAUCACGGCAGGGGAGCACCUGGCCACUCAAGUGAAGUCCCUCGGCGCGACUAUUGAUGGAGCUGCUUGCAUAUAUGGGCUUACACUCGCCGAGGAGCUUCUCCGGAUUGAGUCAAGCAAGCCCGACUUGUUGGAAGCCAUGUUUGAGGUGUGGGUGGAGAUGCUGUGCUACGCCGCACACCACUGCAGCCGGGAUGCCCACGCCAGGCAGCUCAACAGCGGCGGGGAGUUCAUUACCGUCGUGUGGCUUCUCACGCAACACAUCCUAAUGCGCCCACAGCUAGCUCGCCAAUCCAAGAAGCAAAGCAGCGCCAACCCUGGCGGUGUUGUCGCUGAUAUUGUCUAGGCCUGUGGUCAUUGACUUCCAUCGUACUCCCUCUGAUCCAUAAUAAGUGCAAGUGCAGCGACACUUAUUAUUUUUCUUGGAAAUGGAUGUAACUAUUGCAUGUUAUUGAGCUUACGAGUAUUUUAUGAAAAAUGUCUCAUACACAAUGUUUUGGAAGGUAUUUUUUUUACUCCA